UUCCGGUCUCAGGCGCUGCGGGAGCCGCGGGUUACCCUGCAGACAUGGCCAAGUCCAAGAACCACACCACACACAACCAGUCCCGCAAAUGGCACAGAAAUGGUGUCAAGAAACCCCGGUCGCAAAGAUACGAAUCUCUUAAGGGGGUUGACCCCAAGUUCCUGAGGAACAUGCGCUUUGCCAAGAAGCAUAACAAGAAAGGCCUGAAGAAGAUGCAGGCCAACAAUGCAAAGGCAGUGAGUGCGCGCGCAGAGGCCAUCAAGGCCCUGGUGAAGCCUCAGGCCAUCAAGUCCAAGAUGCCAAAAGGCCCCAAACUCAAGCGGCUGGCUUUCAUCGCUCACCCCAAGCUUGGGAAGUGGAUUCGAAGCUACAUAGCCAAGGGUCAGAGGCUCUGCCAACCGAAGCCUAAGGUUCAAACCAAGGCAGGGGCCAAAGCUCCAGCUAAGGCCCAGGCUUCAGCUCCAGCCCAGGCUCCCAAAGGUGCUCAGGUCCCUGUGAAGACCCCAUAGAAAAGGCUCCUGCCA